AGAGAGAGAGAGAGAGAGAGAGAUUUGGAGAUGACAGCUUGUCUCACUCUCACAGUCAUUUUCAGACGCAGCAGCACUUUUGACGUCAGGAUUCAUCAUUUCAUCCAAACCCACGGCAGCAGCAGCAGACAGGACUUGAUCCCCAUCAGAGAACUUCCACGCGGACGGGAGGAUGCUGUCGCUCAACAAGUCUCGUGCGCGGACGGACGGUUGAUGGCUGCGGGAUGGAGAUAGCUUUGGUGAGUUUUGAGAACGGCGACGCGAAGGGGAGAACUGCCGAGGAGAGCUGCCGGAACGCGCUGGAGGUCCCUCCGCCGGGGUUCGUCCACUCGUCCCCGUCAGAGGACCACAGCAAGGAGACCAACAGCCCGCAGCAGCUGAGUCCGUGGAGGAUCAACGACAUGAACAGCACUCUGAGCACUCUGAGCCGCAGUGACAGCGCUAUGGAUGCGCUUUUACGCGCGGACCAUAGUCCGCAUCUGUUCGACGAGGACCUGCUGGACGUGGACAUGGACGCGGACAGCAGCGAGAGGGUGCUCAUAAACAUAGCCGGGCUGAAGUACGAAACCCAGCUGGGAACCCUGAAGCAGUUCCCGGACACUUUACUAGGAGACCCGGCAAAGCGGAUCAAAUAUUUCGACCCGCUCCGGAACGAGUACUUCUUUGAUCGCAACAGGCCGAGCUUCGACGGGAUUCUUUAUUUCUACCAAUCUGGAGGCAAGAUCCGAAGACCCGUGAACGUGUCCAUAGAUGUCUUCGCUGAUGAGAUCCGGUUUUACCAGCUGGGGGAGGAGGCCAUGGACCGGUUCCGUGAGGAUGAGGGCUUCAUUAAGGAGGAGGAGGAGAAGCCGCUGCCUCAGAACGAGUUCCAGAAGCAGGUCUGGCUCAUCUUUGAGUACCCGGAGAGUUCCAGUCCGGCUCGGGGCAUCGCUAUCGUGUCGGUGAUCGUCAUCACCAUCUCCAUCAUCACUUUUUGUCUGGAGACCCUGCCGGAGUUCCGGGACGAGCGGGAGCUGCCGGUCACCAGCCGACCGGACAACAGCACGGCGCCGCGUCCGUCCCUCACCUUCAGCGACCCGUUCUUCAUCAUCGAAACCACGUGCGUCAUCUGGUUCACCUUCGAGUUGCUCGUGCGCUUCUUCGCGUGCCCCAGCAAGUCGGAGUUCUCAAAGACCAUCAUGAACAUCAUCGACAUCAUGUCCAUCAUGCCUUACUUCAUCACGCUGGGCACGGAGCUGGCCGAGCAGCAGGGCCAGGAGUACCAGAACGGACAGCAGGCAAUGUCCCUGGCUAUCCUCCGGGUCAUCCGCCUGGUCCGGGUCUUCAGGAUCUUUAAGCUCUCCAGGCACUCCAAGGGUCUGCAGAUCCUGGGUCAGACUCUCAAAGCCAGCAUGCGGGAGCUCGGACUCCUCAUCUUCUUCCUUUUCAUCGGAGUCAUCCUCUUCUCCAGCGCGGUCUACUUCGCGGAGGCGGACGAACCGGAUUCGUACUUCUCCAGCAUCCCCGACGCCUUCUGGUGGGCUGUGGUCACUAUGACGACCGUGGGCUACGGUGACAUGAGGCCGGUAACUGUCGGGGGGAAGAUCGUGGGCUCGCUGUGCGCCAUCGCCGGCGUGCUGACCAUCGCGCUGCCGGUGCCGGUCAUCGUGUCCAACUUCAACUACUUCUACCACAGGGAGACGGAUCAGGACCAGUCCUCCCUGAAGGACGAUCCCACUAGCGGGAGGUCGAGUCCCGAACUGAAGCGCAAAGGAAGCAAAUCGUCCGUGAAAUCUCAGGACGCGGACAGCCAGGAGGGCGCGCGCGCAGUGGAAAAGGCGCACAUGAAGGCGAACAGCAGCGUCAAUUUUAAAAAGUCCCUUUACGAGUUCUGUUUGGACACGCGGGAGACGGACCUGUAGUUCCUCCACAGUCCCACGCGAACACCCGCAGCGUUCUGUCCAAUAAAAACCCUGAAUGGACUCUUUAAGUCUGCACGCGCGGGCUGGCCAAACGUUUUGAAAACUAAGGGGUUUGAUCGUCAUCAUCAUCAUCUUCAUCAUCAGUUUGAGCGCAUCAAGAAAACUU